AUGAAUCAUUCGUACAAAUUGGUUUUGUUGCAGCAAUAUGCAGCCAAGCAUGCCGAGCAGAGCCACUUGGUAGAGCAAAUGAACACGAAGUACUAUUACUACACGAGGACGCAGGGUCUCUUCAGGAUAUGCUAUCCGAAAGAGAGGCCACCGACUGGUAAGCACAGCUCACUCAACUUUCUCGAAUGUACCGCUAUCAGAAACCUGUGGAAACGCGUUGUUUCAAAUGACAAAGUUCGAGCUACGUACGUACCUCUCGAGCGAAAGCGUUUCGCACCUGCAUCUGUUGCAACUCGAGUUGAUAUCCAACCAACUGAUAGGCGACAGAUUUGUUACGAGAAUCUUCUUCUUGUUGUUGCGUUACGCCGUAACGAACAAUGAGCUUAACAGUAGUUCGAGAUGGUACCGAACCUGUUUUUUUUUUGUGAUUAUAUAAAUUAUAGCUUUUUUUACGUGUAUUUUUUAUAUUGAUGAAAGUCAAUUCAUCAGACUUGAUAAAGUGUCUGACACUGGCUAAACGAAUAUUGCGAGCGUCGGUCCCUAGGGACCGACGCAGGCCCAACGGGUAUCGGGGUGUCGGUCCCUAGGGACUGACGCCGUCUCGAAAGUAGAUUUUCGUGAGUUCCUAGUGAAGAGCUCCUAUGAAAGAUAUGUCGGCCUUUCAGAAACUUUCUACGUUACUAUACAUAUAUAUAUAUAUAUAUAUACAUACACAUACUAUAUGUCGCGGAUUAUCCGACCGCACGUAAUAGGUUGAGAGUUUAUAAAUAGUGGCCGGUUCGGUUGCACGCAGUUUGAGGAGAAAGGGAUUUCGUACACGUGUGAUGGUCCCGAGACGUCUCUCCUUCAAAUUUCUACGAGUUCGCUUUGAUCAAUAUUGAUUCGAUCGGCUUUCCUGUUGCUGCCACCUGCGUUCAGAGAUUGUGUUUCAUGCUGGCUACGAAGUUGAAUAAUAGAAUUCUAGAAGGAUAUGCGUUAUUCGUCUGGUUCAUACCAAUGAAUGGAAAGUAAUCGCGUCGUGUUUUUACGAUCAAUGAAAGAAAUUUUUUGUACGUCGAAAGGCGAUCGUGGAUAAUUUAUCUUUUUUCGAGUCAACACGUGACACUUAGAUCUAACGAUCGUCAUAAAAAUUAUGGUAGAUUGCUUCGUUCACGAGGGGAUCGUUUGCUCUGAACGACUUAAACCUAACCUAAAGCUAACCUAAACAGCUCUUUAGAGUGAAAUGAACGCAUCUUCGUAAUUUUUGUUAAUAUCAUGUAGAUUGAUAAUUAAUUUCAUUUCUAGCAGCCAUUUUCACUCUAGAAGCCUUUUAUGCCUUGAUCGUACGAUAA